AUGUUCAAGCAUAGAGACAACAUCGCCCAUUCACCCUUCACCACCGACCCACAGGGGAGUGGAAUGACGAUGAAGGCGGUGCGAUUUGGUCAGGAACAACAACAACAGCAGCAGCACCAGAUGGCCGGAAACAAAAAUGGCGCACCAGAAGCUGCGGGGAAAAAACGGCCCCGUGACAUCCGCGGAAUCGAGCGAUUCAGACAAGUGAUCUACGGAGAAAAGGGCCUGCCCCGUUUCCACGCGAUGGUCGCACGCAACCCGACGCUCAUGUACCCGCCCGAUGGAAUAGACGCUGAACGAGCGAGAAUACAGAAGAAGCGUGAGGAGGAUGUGCUGGUCACAUUACAGGAGAAGCAGCAACAACAACAGCAGCAGUCCCAAGAGAGCCACCCACAUCCCGGGGAAGUGGAUACGGCCUUGUGGGCGAUGUUUGAAGAGCGUCGGGCCGCCGAAGAAGAAGGAGAAAAAAACACCGCUGCUCGAACCGAAGGUGCGGUGGCUGGUGCCAAAUCCUCGCCCCAGAACGCCANCGCCGAAGAAGAAGGAGAAAAAAACACCGCUGCUCGAACCGAAGGUGCGGUGGCUGGUGCCAAAUCCUCGCCCCAGAACGCCACUUCGGGUGAUGCCACCUCGCCCCCUUUUGAAGGUGUUGUUGCUGCAGCCCACGGAGACAUGAGUGCUGAGCACCUGGCAAACUACCACCACCGACAGCUGGACGCCCUGAUGGGGCUCUACUAUGAAUUCAACCAUCUCACAUUCAUGAAGCUACCUAUGAGUGACACUCUGCAGUUGCUCCAACGGUGUGGCAAGGAGGCGGUGGCGCAUUGUUUGGAGUUUGAGAUGCAGUUGCGUAUGCGUCGCGAGACGCGUCUGAAGGAGUUGGGCGCUGUGGCGGAGAACGAGAUGCAGUUAAAGCAGCGCGAACUGGAGGCGCAGACAAAACUGCUGGAGAUGCAGAUGCAGGUGGCAGAAGAGGUGCAGGUCACUCUGGAUGAUUUGGAUGAGGAAGGUGCACUGUAG